AGAAUUAAAGAACAUGAAAAAGACAGUGGAGAAUUUACGGAAUGAUAUGAAUGCUGCUAAAGGACUGGAUUCAAACAAAAACGAGAGGGACAGUGCCUUCCUCUUUCAUUCUGAAGUCAGGAAUAUAAUCAGUGUUCAACCAUCUUAAUGAAAAAUGUGAGAUUUCUCAAAGUGGAAAAGCAGGACUCUAUUAAGUGGCUUCCCAAGUCUCCUAAACUGUAUGGCGGCCAUAACUGGAGCUCCCAGGGCUCUCGCUGGUCCUCGUUAAAAGGAAAGGAAAGUUUUCGCGGUGGAAACCUGUACAAAUUCAGCUCUGCUAAUGGAAAAUGGAGGGAAGGAAGGAUCAGUCCCGAGCAAGAAGCAGAGGAACUGGAGGAUCCUGAUGAUGAACCUAUUUCCAAGUUUUCUGGCAGUCUGUUUGAUACCGAUGAUAGCAUGAGAGAUCAAAGAAAUACCAGAACAGCUCUUCAAGAAAAGCACAAGUUGGCAAUGAAAGGGAAGACUCUUCCAGGGACUAACAUUAAGGUGCAGCCACCCAUCUCAGCAGCGGGCAGCUUUCCCAGUGAGAGCAGACGCAUCCUGGAGGAAUCAAGGCCAGUAGAUGUGCCGCAGCCCCACCUGAAGGUAACCAUUACUGUGUGCAGUCAAAUGGGGAGUCUUGGUAUUAGCAUUGCUGGUGGAAAGGGCUCAUCUCCAUAUAAAGACAAUGAUGAGGGGAUCGUGAUUGCACGGCUGCAGAAAGAUGGUCCAACAGACUUGGCUGGGGUACAAGCAGCAGAUAGAGUGGCAGAGGCAUCCCUUGUUUCAGAACCCAAUGCUUUUGGUGCUGGUCCCACUGAAGCUUCAUCCAAGGGCAGUCCCUUCCCAACAGUGAACCACAUCAUAACAAUACCUCGGAUAAUCCUCACGCACCCUUCCACUUCUGAUGAAGAUACCGACCAGUUGCCCCCAGACCCGGAUGGCUUAGAGCCUGAGGAGCCACACAGCACAGAAGGCCAUGCCUAUUUGGACUGUCUGAACAGUGCUUUUUAUCCUCCCUAAUAAAGUACUUCUCUGGAAGGA